UCUCUUCAGAUCAUGGCAAGACAGGCAUUUAGAAAGUUUCUUCCCCUCUUUGACCGAGUAUUAGUUGAAAGAAGUGCAACCGAAACUGUAACCAAAGGAGGCAUUAUGCUUCCAGAAAAAUCACAAGGAAAAGUAUUGCAAGCAACGGUAGUAGCUGUUGGAUCAGGCUCUAAAGGAAAGGGUGGAGAGAUUCAACCAGUUAGUGUGAAAGUUGGAGAUAAAGUUCUUCUCCCAGAAUAUGGAGGCACCAAAGUAGUUCUAGAUGACAAGGAUUAUUUCUUAUUUAGAGAUGGUGACAUUCUUGGAAAAUAUGUCGACUAAAAUGAGUCACUAUUGAAAUGGCAUCACGU